UAGUACGCGGUUAUUAUUAGUAAAUUAGUUGUGUCAAUCAGAAGUGUAUGAUGGGAAAUAUGAAGAUACUCGUAAUAAAAUUUAUUUUACUAUUAACUGUUGUGUCGAGUGCAAAAGUCAGAUUUGAUAAUUAUGCCUUAUACAAGAUAUAUCCAGAAAAUGAACACCACAUCUCAGUACUCCAGGAUUUGAAAAACAAUGAAGAUAAAUACGAUUUUUGGAAGGACCCUGUAAUUAGUUCGGAAUAUGUAAGCAUCCUGUCCAGUCCUGACGAUAAGAGUCAGUUGGAAAGUGUACUGAAUUACAAUAACAUUAAAUUUGUCAUCACACAACCAAAUAUUCAAGAGAUAAUAGAUCAAGAGAAUGUCGCAACGUAUACAAGAAAUAAUCUCAGAAACAUGACAUGGACAAGAUAUUAUGAUAUGGAUAGUAUCAACGCUUGGUUAGAUGACUUGGUAUCCACACAUUCUGUUGUAACAUCUAUAAUUGGAGGUAGAUCUUUAGAAGGUCGUGAUAUAAAGGGUAUCAAAAUAUCACAUGGAUCCGGGAGACGUGCGAUAGUUCUAGAAGGCGGUAUCCAUGCUAGAGAAUGGAUAUCACCGACAGCCGUCUGCUAUAUUAUUGACCAAUUACUAAGAAGCAGUGAUAGGGAAACCAGAGCAGCUGCUGCUGAUUUUGAUUGGUACAUAUUCCCAGUUACAAAUCCUGAUGGUUAUAUUUUCAGUCAUCAAGUGAACAGAAUGUGGCGUAAGAAUCGUCGACCUAUCGGUGCUAAUUACGGCGUGGAUUUGAAUAGAAACUGGAACAACAAUUGGCUUGUUCACGGAGCAAGUAGCAACCCCGUAAGAGAUGACUACGCUGGACUUGGACCUUUCUCGGAACCAGAAUCUAGAAGCCUAUCUUCAUACCUUUUAACACUACAGGGAAAUAUAGAUCUGUACCUUUCCUUCCACUCUUUCGGACAUCUUCUUUUGCUGCCUUUCGGAAAUACAACAGAUCCCCUAGCCAAUUAUCAUGAUGCAAUGAAUAUUGGAAGAAGAGCAAUGGGAGCCUUGUCAGUAAGGCACGGGACAAAGUACGUCACAGGAAAUAUCGCUGAAGCUAUUUACCUUGCAACUGGCGGCAGUAUUGACUGGGUCAAAGAACAUCUUCAGGUACCUCUGGUAUAUUGCUAUGAGUUACGUGAUGAUGGAACAUAUGGAUUUCUUUUACCUGAAAAUCAAAUCCUACCCAACAAUGAGGAGGUCAUGGAUUCGGUAAUCGAACUGAUCCAUCAAGCGAAACGAUUUGGAUACAUGAGUAGUGCAUCUACUAUUAAAGCUAGCUUGUUAAUGUUAACAGCUUUAGUUCUAACCUAUGUUUGUUAAUAAAUAAGAUUAAGUAUGUUAAAAUAAAUAGUUAAUAAUUUA